UAGAGGAAUUCGUGAGUCGCAUGUCGUACGUUGUUUGUGCUGCAGGAGGAAAUCUGUUAUUAAGAGCUCUGUUGGACGCUGUGUUUGUGUUUGGUGUGAGAUUCUAAUAAUUUUCGUUAUGGGAUUGAACGGUGCUAUAAUUGCUUCCUGUCUAUUGGGGAUGGGACUGUCGUAUUAUGCGUAUGUUGUUGAAACAUCGAAAGAAGCUGAUGCCAACUACCAACCCGCGUGUGACAUUAGUGAACACAUGAGCUGCUCAAAAGCGUUUAUGUCAGAAUUCGGAAAAGGGUUCGGCAUUGUGCAUCGUACGCUGGGAAAAGAUUCCGCCUUACAUGUUUCCAAUGGCCUUAUUGGGAUGUUUUUCUACAGUGUUUUUGCCGCUCUGAGCUUCACAAGCAGUGUAGUAGCAAGCAGGAUUCAGUUGUUUAUGGCUAUCCUAUCUAACUUUGGCUCUGUCUACCUUGCAUAUGUUUUGUACUUCAUACUCUAUGAUUUCUGUGUGAUAUGUGUUACAACAUAUAUUGUUAAUCUUGUUAAUUUAAUUUUAGUAAUAUUGAAGUUACGAAAAGUUCCUAGUUCUACUCAGAAGAAAACUACGUCCAAAAAGAAAAAGAAUUAAAAUGAGUUAUUUGUACAGUUACAAGCUAAUUUUGUUAAUGAAAUACCAUUCCUUGAACAGGAAUGAAGAGUGAUCUCAUUCAGGGUAUAUUUUAAGGCCAGUAACGUGGUUAAGUCAACAGGUAAAAUGGGAAAAGGUGCUACAUGUAUUUUACUGUCCAAGCUAUUAAAUGACAAAUCAAGUACAAAAGUUGAA